UCUGGGCACCCAGUGCGGAUGCCGCGGAGGUAAGACCGGAGCUGCUCUUCCUGCCCCCUUCCAAGAUGAGGAGCCUCUUUGCCUUUCUGUUCCUGGUGGUCUCCGUCGCCCUGGCUGUGGAGGGUCCCAGUGCAGCCCCUGAACCGACCCGCCUGAGGGACCAGAAUGUGGAUCCUGUGCCCAACUAUUGCUGCUUUGACUUCACGAAACGCAGUAUCCCACUGAGCCUCCUGAAAUCUUUUUACUACACCAACAGCAAAUGUAGCAAGCCUGCCGUCGUGUUCAUCACAAAAAGAAAUAAAACGAUCUGCGCUGAUCCCUCAGAGCAAUGGGUCCAGAAUCGCAUCCGUGACCUCAGCCCACUCUAAACGUGCUCCGUGGGGAGAGUGAGGCACACGGGACCCCCUUGACAGGCGCCCAUAAAAAAAGGAGAAAAAAAACAUUAUUAAAGGGAGUGUUGUACCCUGAA